CUUUAUCAAAAUGGAGAAAAGCUACGACCACCUGUUUAAAAUAUUAUUUAUUGGUGACUCUGGAGUCGGCAAACUCGACCUUUUAAUGCUACUUUUAGGCGAAGACUUCAACGAUAAUCUAAUGACAAGAAUAGGGAUUGACUUUAAGGUGAAAACUGUAGAUAUUGAUGAAAAGAAGAUUAAACUACAGAUUUGGGAUACAGCUGGACAAGAGAGAUUCAAAAAUGUAACUACUUCUUACUUUAAAGGAGCACAUGGCGUUGUAUUAGUAUAUGAUGUGACUGAUAAGAAAUCUUUCGAAAACAUAUAUACUUGGAUGACUGAAAUUGAGAAUAAAGCUCCUGAAAAUAUACAUAUAAUUCUUGUUGGAAACAAGUGAGAUAUGGAAGAUGCAAGACAAGUCAGUCCAGAAGAAGGCCAAGAACUUGCAGAUAAAUACAAUAUCAACUUUGUCGAAACAUCAACAAAAGAUUUCUCCUCCUUUGAAGAUACUUUCUUCCAUAUGGUAAAAGAAAUUAAAGCAAUAAUCGAAAAUACAUAUCAUGCGGCCUCUUCCAACCCAAGUAUAUCCCUCUCUAACCCAAAAGGCACCAAAGCUGCUAAAACUACAAAGUCUUGUUGUUAAUUCAACCAUUUUUCUACUUCUUGAUCCCUAAAUUGAAGGUUUCUUAUUCAACUGAAGAGUCCUUGGCUCUUUCAAGAUUCCAGAUUCUGCCGUAAGUUAAUG